AUGAAGAUUUGCCUCGCGGCAGCUCUUGACGUCCUAGCCAAUGUGUCCGUCGGCACAUUGGGUUGGUGGAUCUCCGGCUGGGCCUUUGCCUAUGGCUCCCAAGCCGGGUCUUUGAUUGGCACAGAUGGCUUCUUCGGCCUCGGUUUCUACAACAAAGAUGCAUCGGGCAGUAUCGUCCUGGUGGAGUGCGAGGACGGGAAUUGCCAGUCCACCAUGCUGAGCUGGUUCUUGCAGUGGGCCUUCUGCGCAGCUGGCGCCACCAUCGUGAGCGGAUGCGUGGCGGAGCGUGUCAAGAGUCCCACCUACGCUGUGUUCGCCUUCUGCAUGACAAGCUUUAUGAUCCCAGUGAGUAUGGCUUGGACCUGGGGCGGAGGCUGGCUCGACAGCAUCGGAAAUGUGGGAUACAUCAAGGCAUACAUGGAUUUCCGGCUAUCUGGCCUCGACCCGGUGGGAAGGCCGUGA